GGUAAUCAACCAAACGUGGGUAGAGGAACAAACCAACAAACUCCAUCUUGGUGUAAACUACUGAGACAGUAGUGCACAGCUACUGCAGGUCAUUCUCACGUCCAUUAGGCUGACCUGGAUUUGUGGUAAACACAACCUUGUGUUCUCUUCAUCCAAGCGUUCAGUGCGCGGCAGAAGGCCCAAAGGACACCUUUACUACCUGUCAGUUAAAAGUUUCUAACACGCGCUCAAUCUACUCACCUUCCACAAUGCAGUCGUGGGUCGUGCUGCUCUCUGCUGUGCUGCUGUCGUGCUGCGGACCAUCUCUAGCGUACCCAGACGGCGCUCCAAAAGAAGCAUGCACCAACAUGUUUCCCAUCGGACACCACGCGGACGCCCAGUCCAGCACGCCGCCAUACGAGCUAACGGUCAGCAGCACCAACCUCACAGCCAGCACACAGUACACUGUGACUUUGAGAGUCAAGUCCGGCCAGACUACCACCUUUAAGGGAUUAUUCGUGCAGGCACGUCUUGCCGACAACUGCAACAACGUUUCUCCCCAAGGCACCUUCACCGUCCCGAGCGACGGCUUUCUGAAGUUAACGCAGUGCACCGUAGCAAACGACGCUGUGACUCAGUCUAAUGACACCCAACAGACUACCAAGACCUUUAACUGGACAUCACCAUCUUCCAUCCCGGGCACAGUCUACUUCAGGGCGACGGUGGUGAAAAGUGAGAAGACCUUUUGGACUGAUGUGUCCUCAGGCUUCCUGCUGCCGUCAGGCGCUAAACUAAACCCGCAGUACUGUCCUGUGCAGAAGAUAUUGGCUCCAUCGACAACUUCGUUAACAACAUCGACAACUUCGUUAACAACAACGGAGGGAACGUCAGAUGCUUCGAUUGUCGCCCCUGCUAGGGUGCUGACGGCUGUCGUGUGUGUUGUCGCUCUUGCUGCCAGGAUCUGACCUCGUAAAACUCUCGUCGUUUGAAAACAAAAACUCUUUCUCUCUUGUGUAACAGUGCACUAUUAACAGUCUGCUAAAAUUAAUCUCACAGUCAGAUGGAAAGUAUUGCGCAGGAUAUUAAACAGAUUUUUCUAUUUAUUUUGUGGGCGGUUGUUUUCUACUUACAUGCCGGUUUGCAUUAAGUUUAAAAACGUAAAUGUUAGAUGAUUUGUUUAAAGCACAAUUCUUUAGAUCACAUGGUUGCCUUUAAUUUUCUGUCGAAAUCUACUCAGGUACAAAGGGUAGGUACAUUAUGUCCGUACACAGCAGCUGUUUGAUUUACACAUUGCACAAAUGUUGUGUACAGUACACAGUCCAACACAACACAUACAUAAUAUGUAUAUUAUACAGUCCAAGUGGUUUGUUUUAACGCUUCUGCCGAAAGGAAGAAGCUCAUUUAGCUGUAACCAUACCCCGGGUGCAAAGCGCUGUGUUGUUUAUUCCUGGCCUUGACCUCCCGAUUAUCACCUCUGACAUGUUUCCGACCUGAAACGAAGAUGGUGAGGCGUAGUCCUGACAUGAGAGCGAGGUGCUACCCGAUAUAGACAGAGACUAAAACAAAUAGGAGCGUAAAAGAGAGAGAGAUUAGGAGGAGAGAGAAAGACAGAGCACAAUGACUGUCACGUGAUCGACAUCAAAAGACGAAAGGUUAGAGCAGUGGUGUUCGAGCGACACAUCCCACUUCGCCUGCUUGACCACCCUGUGGAGUGAGUACCUUACAGGGUAACAGAAGGUAAGGCAGUGGAGAGGAGAUAGGUACAGCCAUUACAAGAGUAAAUACAUUCUUUAUUCGUCUACAGCCUGAAUACUUUGUCUUUCUAUCUCCGAUUAUUAUAUUAUGCUUACGAAAGUUGUAGAUCGUUCUUCUUUUUUUCGAACAUUUAAAGUCUUUUUAUUUAUGUACAUAUCUGAACGAUGUUUACAAUAUAGGGAUCCGAAGCCACAUUGUUUGUGUUUUGUUAUCAAUCCAAGUGACAAUGCUAAUAUCCUGUUAUGUCCCUUUUGUCCAAGUGUUCUUUUCGUUUAUCCACAUGACUAGAAAAUGCCUGCAAUUAAUUCUGUAGUUAUUAGUGUAACAAAAUACAUUUAUGAGAUAUUCAAAGUACGAAAUUUAAUUAACAAUUGAUUACUCAGUGCAUUAUGCUGUCUGUGUAACUUAUGUGUAUUGUAUUUUUUGUCUUGCAUUGUUGGAUUGCUUGGACCCUCUACAAUAAAUUCAAAUUCAAUUCAAUUAUCCCGAGUAUUAUUAGUAUACCAGCUGCUAAAAGUCCUAAAGGUAUGUUAUGCUGUAUGCUAUGUAAAAAUUUGUGUACAUUCAUUGCAUAAAUUUCUCUUCCGCACUCUGUCGGAACUUUGGGUUUUUUUUUUUUUUUU